GCCUGUGGCCGUCCCACAAGUAUGGGCUGAGUGAAAAAAGGGCUGGGGGUUUAUGCUGUGAUAUUUUCUCUCCAGUGUUAUUGCGGCUUAUCUUAUUGCCCUUCAGCCAUCUCUGAUUAGAUAAGACACUGAGUUCAGGAAGCUGCAAUGGAGCUCGGAGCCGAAAACUCAAAGCCAGUGUCUGAUGGCAAAGCCACCGCCGACACCCCUGCGGAUGACGCAGGGGCUCAGAGACCCACGUGGAGCGGACAGCUGGAGUUCAUCCUGGCCACUGUGGGAUACGCGGUGGGACUGGGCAACGUCUGGAGGUUUCCUUAUCUGUGCUACAGCAGCGGCGGAGGUGCCUUCAUUGUCCCUUACCUCACCAUGGUUUUCCUGUGUGGCGUCCCUUUGCUCUGCAUGGAGUUUGCUGUAGGCCAGUAUACUCGUUUAGGGCCAGUGCAUGCAUUUGCCAAAAUCUGUCCCCUCUUGAAAGGUGUAGGUCUGGCCACAAUUGUUAUUUCCUUCGUCUUCUGCACGUUCUACAAUGUGCUCAUGGGCUGGGCCCUUUUCUACUUGUUCAACUCGUUCAGAGGAACUCUCCCCUGGUCAUCUUGCAACAACACUUGGAAUGUUGUUGGAAACUGCUCCAGUGGUUUUCCUGGCAAUGCCACCCACCUGCAGUCUUCAAGCCAACAGUUCUUCGAUCACAAACUUUUAGAGAAGACCAGUGGCAUUGAUGAAGCUGGUGGCCUGCAGUGGGAAUUAUUUGGCUGUCUUCUUCUUUCCUGGAUCAUCAUUUAUUUAUGCAUAUUUAAAGGAGUCAAAUCCACUGGCAAGGUGGUGUAUUUCACUGCUGUUUUUCCAUACUUUAUCCUGUUCGCUCUGCUUAUCAAUAAUGUCCAGCUUCCUGGAGCCAAGGAGGGCAUCCUUUAUUUUGUAACACCUGUUUGGAGCAAACUGUUUGACGUCAAGGUUUGGAUCAAUGCUGCCGCUCAGGUGUUUAACUCACUCGGAAUAGCAUACGGCUGCAUGAUUUCAAUGGCUAGUUACAACAAGUUCAACAACAACAUCACAAGGGAUGUGCUAAUAGUGUCAAUAACCAAUUCACUCACCAGUAUCCUGGCUGGCCUUGUAAUCUUCUCAGCUGUUGGAUACAUGUCUCAUAAACACAAUUUACCGGUGGACAACAUAGCUACAGAUGGUCCUGGUUUGGUGUUUGUUGUGUACCCUGAGGUCCUCUCCACCAUGCCCGGCUUUCAGCUCUGGGCUCCACUGUUCUUCAUCAUGCUGCUGUGUCUUGGUCUCGACAGUCAGUUUGGCAAUGUGGAGGUGACCGUGACAUUCCUGAAGGAUGAGUUUGGAAUCAAAGUUCUGCAGUACCUGAAGAGAGAGGAGCUGCUCGCUCUGGUUGUGUGUAUUGUGGGGCUUGUUUUGGGGAUCCCUCAUGUUUCUAAGGGAGGUAUUUAUGUGUUCCAGCUGAUGGACCACUGCACUGCUGUGGUUUCCCUCAUAUGCCUGGCUUUCUUUGAAGUAGUGACUGUAUGCUGGAUCUUUGGAGUCUCACGUCUCUCCCUGAUGGUCAAGAGGAUGCGAGGCAGGUCUCCGAGCAUCUUCUUGCGCCUCUGCUGGCUGCUCUUCUGUCCCCUACUGAUACUGUGCAUCCUGGGCUCCAGCAUUGUUCAUUAUACUCCUCCUCGCUAUGGGAAGUACAUCUACCCAGUGUGGGCUAAGUUAGUGGGGUGGAUCAUCUCUCUGGUCUCCAUAGUGUGGAUCCCACUUGGUGCUAUUCAUGAGAUCUACAAUAGCAAAGGAUCACUUCUUCAGAGAAUUAAACAAGCUGUGACUCCAACAUUAGACCUGGAUGCCCUGGAUCCUCAGCCAGAAAAGCAAAAUCUAGACGAACCAGUGUUGGAAAAGCUGUUAAGUUCAUCAGUGUAAUCAGAGAUACAGAACCAACUCUGUCUGGGAGAUGAUCAGUCCUGCAGUGGGACACUUGGGCAUAUUAAUCUUCAUCUGUUUUCAGACGGUAAUGUUUUUAUGAAAGAUCUAACUUCAAACAAAUUGUCAAUUUGUAGUGUAUUUUUCACUCAACUUUUCCGUGAAAAUCUAAGUAUGAUUCGUUGUCUUUUGCAAUGUAAAAAUGAAGUUUAUAUUCUCUAUGCUUUAAAAGGCAGGGAUGUUUUUUUUCAGGGUGUUUGUGAUUGAUGUGCUUCAUGUGCUUCGUAGUAAUGAAUUUGUGGAAUGGCAAUUUAUCAGAAUCAGAAUCAGCUUUAUUGCCAAGUUUGUACAUACAAACAAGGAAUUUGCCUCCGGUACACUUUGCUCUUUUGUUCUGUUUUUGCAUUACAGGAUAUACAAAUUUACA